AUGCCUUAUUAUCAGGUCUACCAUACCUAUCCUCUCUCCCUCUCACAGAGGCAGUCCAUUGCCCUGUCCAUCACAAACCUGCACUGCAGCGCCUUCAACACCCCGGCAUUCUUCGUACAUGUGACCUUCAGCAAGCAAGACCUCUCUUCCGAUGAUGGAACCUACUUCAUGGCUGGGAAGUCGCACUCCGCCAACUCCAAUCGCAUCGUUGCGCUGGUUCGCACGUCAGAUUCUCGAACAAAGGACGACUUUGAUAAACUGGCAGCUAGCAUCGAAGACGCAUGGAACGGGGCCCUCAGAGAGGGAAACGCAGAUGGUGCUGAGCAGGUCGAUGGGCUCGACGAAUCUAAGCGGCUCAUGAUGGUUGUUUUUACCCCGAUGCUGGCGAUCCGGGAGGGCGGCAUGGCCAUUCCCGAGGCAGGCCAUGAGGAAGCUUGGCUGACGCAGCAGCUGCCAUACAUUAGGGAGAUGGCAGAGAAACACAAUGUGGGCGAUUUCAAACUCUUGCUAGAGGAGAUGAACCAAAGAGAGGCCGUUGGUAAGCAUGCUGGGUAG